AUGCCGCGUGGACCAUCUCGGAGCAACAGUACUUGGAGCAGCAUCACAAAGAGCCCAGGCCCAUCCAGAACUCCAAGCACUUUCACACGUACGGAGAAGGAAGCAUGGACACCAGAGAGCCAAACCCCAGACAAUCGAUCAGCUACGCAACAAGAAAGAGUCGAGUUCGGGCUAGGGAGGAUUGUGGGAGGGAAGUUUGCAAAAUUCGACGACGAGGACCAGCACCUACAUGUUGAACAUGGAGCUCUCACCGAAGUCGACAUUGAUAUGCCACUCACUCUAACGGAGCUUGUGCACAAAGACGACAUCGAGUACAUCGUCCUUCGAUUCGCAAAGGGUGAUCCUGAGAACCCUUUUAACUGGAGUCCCUGGUACAAGCGCAGUGUCACGACCAUGCUCAACUUGAUGACUCUGUUCAUCGGAUUGGCAACAACAGCGUACAGCUCCGGUGUCACCAGGAUGACCGAGGAAUUUGGUGUAUCGAAUAUCAUGGGGCAGCUUGGACUGUUUUUGUUCAACUUUGUCUGUGCGAUUGCACCUCUUGUUCUGGCACCUUUCUGUGAGCUCGUCGGACGCAAGGUUGUUUAUGCUGGAGCAUAUCUUUGCUUUUCACUCUGCUUCAUCGGACUGGCACUUGGAAAGAACAUUGAGACCAUUCUCGUUUUGCGUGGAUUUCUCGGUCUGUUUGGGUGCGUGGGAACUAUCCUCGUGGGAGGCACAUUCGAUGACAUGUACAUGCCGCGCCAGCGAUCACGACCAAUGGCCAUGUUCUCCUUCAUCGCCAUAUUUGGUACCGUUUUCGCGCCAGUCUACGCCGGAUUCAUCGAUCAACAUCUCGGAUGGCGCUGGAUCCAAGGCAUCCAAGGAAUUGCCWACAUUCCUCUCUUGAUCUGCAUCUUCGUGUUCUUCCCCGAAACUCGAGGAGGAGUCUACCUUCACAGGCGUGCGAUGAAGCUUCAGAAGGCGACCGGUGACCUGCGAUACGUGUCYGCGGACGACGUGGAGACUCCGGGUAUCAAAGCUAUGCUCAAGGCUUCUUCCGUCAAGGCUGUUCGUAUGCUGGCUACUGAGCCUGUGGUCUUCAGCUUUGGUCUGUGGAUCUCCUUCUGCUGGUUUGUGGUCUUCUUGUUUCUGUCAGUGAUUCCCAUCACUUUCCAAGAGAAGCGUGGUUGGAACGAGGGCGUUGGCGGUCUGCCUUAUCUUUCAUUGGCUAUUGGAACGACCUUGGGAUGGGCUGCACACCACCUGCAGAUGAGAAAAUACGAGAAAAUCAUGGAUGAUCCCGACCGCAAGGCGACGCCAGAGGAUAGACUGUACGGAGCCAUGUUUGGGGCCAUAUUCUUCCCAAUUGGACUUUUCAUGUACUCCUUCACGCAGUACGGAUACCUCCCAUGGAUUGCGCCAACUAUCAGUCUGGCACCAAUUGCUUUCGGGAUCUACUUCGUGUUCGAGAGCACAUACUCAUACACUGCCGACUGCUAUGGCCAAAGCGCAUCCUCUGCUAUCGCUGGUCAGGGACUGAUGAGGAACACACUCGGCGCUGUGUCACCACUUUUUGCAAGCGCUUUCUUCCACAACCUAGGCAGCCAAUGGGCGGGACUUUUACUUGCGAUGCUGGGUACUGUGCUCAGUAUGAUUGCUUUCGUCAUGUUCAAGUUUGGUCCCAAAUUGCGGGCGUCGUCGAAGCGUGCGAUUGUGUAUUAG